UUGUAGCUGUUUAAUAUUACAAAUCCAUAAUUUUAUACUGGAUUGGAAUGCGUUCACACGUCAAUUACUUAAUAGUGACAUAUUUUUUUAUAUUUCCCAAUCACGGAUACCCACUUAUCUAUCUCUCUUUUGUUAUGAGCAAAAUCUCACUUCUCUCUCUCUGUCUGCUGAUCUUACCAUCCUUUGUGCCAAAAAGAGAAGGGUCUCUCAAGAGACAAGUGUUAGGAUUACAAAGACAACACCAGCUUCCUCUUCUCGACACGACCCUCCGUCAUGUCUGCGCCAGCUAUGUCCUCUCCUUGCCAGUUGCCACGUUUUAAUACUCCCUUCCACUAUAUAUACACACACUUACAUUUCCUCAUGUCUUGCCUUGUCACUCACCAAAAGUCGUCAAAUAACAACUCCUUCGAGCUGUCAACAUCAGCAUAUGUCAUCCAUAGAACCAAACGUAAUGAUGGUUGGUGCAAAUAAGAAACAACGAACGGUCCAAGCUAGUUCAAGGAAAGGCUGUAUGAGAGGAAAAGGUGGACCUGAUAACGCGUCUUGCACAUACAAAGGCGUUAGACAACGCACUUGGGGCAAAUGGGUCGCUGAGAUCCGUGAGCCUAACCGAGGAGCUCGUCUUUGGCUCGGCACUUUCGACACCUCCCGAGAGGCUGCCCUGGCUUAUGACUCCGCAGCUCGUAAGCUCUAUGGGCCUGAGGCUCACCUCAAUCUCCCUCAGGAGUCCGUAAGAAGUUACCCUGAAACGAGACAAACGCCAAGCAGCAACUCGGGUGGAAAAAGCGACUGCUGGUUCAACAAGGAGUCGCCUUGUUCAUCUAACGAGAUGUCAUCGUGGGGAACGAGAGAGGAGAUAUCAUGGGAAAAUAUGAACGCUGAUUUGCCGGUAACGGAUGAUUCUUCUAUAUGGGAAGAAGCUACAAUGUCGUUAGGGUUUCCGUGGGUUCAUGAAGGAGAUGAUAAUUUUUCUGCGUUUAAUACUUGUAUUUCCGGUGGCUAUUCUAAUUGGGAUUCCUUUAAUUUCCCCACUUUCAGGUUUCACUAAACUCUCUUAAUUAUAAAGACCUUAUCAUAUACAAUAUACAAAAUAUACGUAAAAUAAUCUGGGAUAGGAAUAUGUCUUUAAUAAGCAUACAGCAUGUGUAAAAUAUACAUCAGCUCCGUGUUAUAUAUAUGUACAUGUACAUGUGGUUGUCUGUAGUGUAAAGCAGAUUCUUUCGAUUGUUUGUCAAUCCGCCCCGCUCCGAAUCAUUUUUUCGAUUCAAAAACUCGAGCUGCACAACAAAAACUUUUAUAUCAGUAUCCGUUCUGCUAAAAC